AUGGGUUCACGGAGACAAGGCGUACGGGAAGGAAUUCCUAAUGUUAACUACGAGAGGGAACAGGAAACGUUUAUGGCUACCAUGAACGACGUGGCUGAAGUAGUGCGUGAAGCUGCUGUAGGAGCGGCUAGGGCUGUUGAACGUCUCAGAGUGAGAAAUGGGAACGAGAAUGGAUACGGAGAAGAUAAUGGAAAUGAUGAGAAUAAUUUAGGGCAUCCUGAAAGACCUAUGACCCUUGCGACCUUUCUGAAGGUUAAUCCGCCUAAGUUCAAGAGUACACUCGUUGCGACUGACGCUGAUAACUGGUUUCGAGGUAUUGAACGAUCACUGAGGGCGCAGCAUGUUCCGGAAGGACAACACGUGGAGUUUGCUACUUAUAUGCUCGAGGGAGAAGCUGAGUACUGGUGGCAGGGGGUACAGCGACUGUUGCAACAAGAUGAAGGCGAUAUUCCUUGGAAUACUUUUAAGGACAAAUUUUAUAAGAAGUAUUUUCCGAGGGCAGCUCGUGAUGCUAAGGAGAUGGAACUUAUGCAGCUGAAACAGGGUAAUACAACUAUUGCAGAAUAUGCCCGUAAAUUUGAUGACUUGUGCCGUUUCUCCAAAAUCUGCCAAGGGAAUCCUACUGACUUUAAAGAAUGGAAGUGCUUGAAGUUCGAAGGGGGCCUUCGUGAGGAUCUGAUAAGUUCAGUAGUCCCAUUGGAGAUACGAAAUUUUGCUGAGCUGGUUAAUAAGUGCAAGUUAGUGGGAGAAUGUGCUAAGAAGGUAACUGCCUCUAAAGCAAGUCGUCAAGGAUUUCCACCAAGGAACUACAAUAGCUAUAGUUGGCAACCACGAAGGACAAACUUCAAGUCCCCUGGUGUGCCACAACGAAGGAACCCACAAGCUGGUAACGCUCCUGCUCGCCCUACGAGUGGAAACGGAGGUAGACUAAGGCAGGAUAAUGGUAAACGACCCCAGCAGGCACAGGUGAAUACUACAUGUAGGCAGUGUGGGAAGGAUCAUGGUAAUAGACCCUGUUUGUUUGGAACAUUCAAGUGUUAUAUUUGUAACGAACCAGGGCAUAUGGCUAAGAACUGCCCAAAGAGGUUUACCCAGAAUCCAGCGCGAACCCAGCAACAAGGUCGAGUGUUUGCUAUGACUGCUGAUGAUGCUAUGCAAUCAGAUGCCCUGAUCCAAGGUCAGUGUAUUGUCAAAGAUCGAUUUCUAACUGUACUGUAUGACUCGGGUGCAUCGCAUUCCUUUGUUUCUUUAACUGUUGCUCGUGAGUUGGGACUAGAUUUCUCUGAGUUGAACUUUGAUCUGAUUGUCCAUACACCUGCAUCCCAAAAUGUUUUGACUAGUUUAGUGUGCCUGCAAGUACCAUUCACUAUUAGGAACAGAACUUUUAUACAUGAUCUAAUCUGUUUGCCUCUAUGUGGUUUAGAAGUUAUUCUCGGGUUAGAUUGGUUAUCAAAGUAUCAUGUUUUCCUUGAUUGCUUUGAAAGAACUGCUGUUAUUCCGUCUGGUAGUUUAGAUAUUAAACCAUUUUUGUCAUAUACCUUAUAUCUGAAUUCUGUAAGAGUUACCUUAAACGGGAGUGAUUGUGAGGGGUACGUUCUGUUAGCGGCUAGCUCAAAUGACAAUGAAGUAAGCUUAGAACAAAUCCGAGUGGUGAAAGAAUUUCCUGAUGUUCUCUUGGACGACAUACCUGAGUUUCCUCCUCAGCAAGAGAUAAAAUUCCGCAUUGAUCUAGUACCUGGAACCGGACCGAUUUUCAUAGCACCGUACCGGAUGUCACCAUUGCUUGCAGAGCUGAAGAAGCUAUGA